UUAAAAGAUAAAAGGUAUAAAUAGACAGUAAAGUUUCAGAGAAAAGCAUUCAGUUUUUGAGAAAUACAAAUUCCAAUAUGUUCAGAAAAAGUAGUUUGAUAACAAUUUUGGUUUUUACCACUUUAUUGGCUUUAUGCCUGGCUCAAGGCAGCCCGGGAGGACAAAAUGGUGGAAAUAAUGGACAGGGAGGACAAGGUGGACCGGGAGGACAAGGUGGAAAACCAGGACAAAGUGGACAACCAGGACAAAGUGAACAACCAGGACAAAAUGGGCAAAAUGGACAACCAGGAAGAGGAGGUAGAUAAAUAAACAAACCGAAAAGAAUCCAUCCAUUUUUUAUCAUUCCAGUUGUUCUUCAAACAUGGUUUUAUGUGCACAAAUAAACCUAUACUGUAUG